AUGUUUUUUGUAUCCAAGCGAAAAAUUAAGUUCCUAGUGCUUGUUGCGUUUAUCGUGUUAGUUGUUACACUUCUCGCUAAUGUGAUAGUUCAAUUUCAAUUGAAUAAGGAAAUAAAGCAUUACAAAAAGCUAUUCGUGAAAGACAAGGACAAUCUUCAUGACCUCUAUGACCCUCUUAAUAUCAAACAAAUACCUUCAGAAACGAUUGAAGAGCUAUAUUCCUUUCAGAGAAAACAAGCUGAACAGAACAAUAAACCUAUAGACUGGAACAGUUUCGCGUACGUCAACUACGUUACGGAUGAGGAUUAUUUAUGUAAUACCCUCUUACAAUUUCGUGCUUUGAAGCAAGGGGGCACGAAAGCUAAACUUCUUCUUCUUAUAUCUGAUGAUAUGCUGAAUGAUGAAGAAGUAUCGAAAAAGGAUCGAACGACAAAAUUAUUAGACAAUUUGAGGGAUAUUGCACCAAAUCAAGUUAUUAUAAGACCGGUUCAGAAUAUUCUAAAGCCAAAUGACUUUACACCUUGGGGUAAAAGCUUUACCAAGCUUCUGGUUUUCAAUCAAACUGAUUUCGACCGGGUUGUAUACUUGGACAAUGAUGCCACGGUGCGUGAUACGAUGGAUGAACUCUUUUUCUUGCCUUCUUACAUAAAAUUCGCCGCCCCUGUCACUUAUUGGGACCUUUCAGAGGAUGACAUGGAAAAUGCAUAUCAUGAAGUUCAGAAGGAAGAAAAAUGGCCUAUUUCACUUGAUAAGUAUUUGGCGCCAUUAUCUAAAAGAGUCAAAGAUGGUCUUCAGAUUUACAACCAUUUGCCCAAUCUUCCUCCUUCCCUGUUUUUCAAUUCCAAAAACAUCGCUCAAGAAAUAAUACAAUCAACAUCCUCUGCAUCACCAUUGUUUAACUUUCAUCACAGAAAGAACAGACAGAAACUGAUAUUCGCCACUAAUCUAAUGGUUAUAAAACCCGAUCAGAAGACUUUUAAAACAAUUACAAAUGAUGCUUUGCCUAAAUGUUUACGGAAAAAGGAGAAGUAUGAUAUGGAUUUAAUAAAUGAGGAGUUGUACAAUUUGAAGAAAAUGAUUUAUUAUCAAUUCAAACUAUUUCGGAAGCUCAAAAGUUAUUUUGUGCCUGAGGUAGUCGUACUUCCCUUUGCCAAAUAUGGUCUACUCACAGGCUCGAUUCGCAAUAAAUUCCACCACAAACUGAUGUAUAAUGAUGUCAUUGGCUACAAGAAAAGUACGGACGAGAAGUCAACUGUUUCUCUAAAAACCAUUAUAGAUCAAUGUAAGUACAUCCACUUCUCUGAUUACCCAACUGGGAAGCCAUGGGUUUACGAGUCCUUAGAAGGUUUCAAGUGUACUGUUGGUAAUGAAAAAUACCCAGAUGAGGAAAUGUGUGAUGUCUGGAACUCUGUAUUUGAGGAGGAUGCUAAUACCAGGGCAGCAGUUUGUCACUAA